AAAAGAUGGAUCAAGUAACUGCAUCAGCACAUGGCCAUUCACUCCCACCUCCAUUUCACACACGAGAUUUCAAUCUUCAACACCAUCAAUUUCACCACCAACAGCAGAAUUCAGAAGAUGAACACAGCGGCACGAGUGGUCUGAACAUGAGUCAGAAGCGAGAUCGAGACGAGAACACCAACGACAACUUAAACUCCGGCGAAGGCAAAGAAAUAAUCACCGGAGAAGGAGAGAUGAGUCGGCGGCCUCGGGGAAGACCAGCCGGAUCGAAGAACAAGCCCAAGCCACCGAUCAUCAUCACUCGUGACAGUGCCAAUGCCUUGCGCACCCAUGUCAUGGAGAUUGCAGAUGGGUGCGAUAUCAUGGAGAGUGUAGCCAAUUUUGCGAGAAGAAGACAGAGAGGUGUCUGCAUUAUGAGUGGAAGUGGCACUGUGACUAAUGUUACUCUGAGACAACCAGCCUCUCCUGGUGCAAUUGUGACAUUACAUGGGAGGUUUGAGAUCUUAUCCUUAGCUGGGUCGUUUCUACCACCACCAGCUCCGCCGGCGGCGACGGGGUUGACCAUAUAUCUAGCUGGUGGACAAGGCCAAGUGGUGGGGGGUGGGGUGGUUGGGGCUCUUCUGGCUUCAGGUCCAGUGGUGAUUAUGGCAGCCUCAUUUAGCAAUGCUGCAUAUGAGAGGCUUCCAUUAGAAGAUGAAGAGACUCCUCUUCAGAUGCAAGGAGGUUCACUUGGGUCUCCGGGAGGGGUCGGACCGCCGGAACAGCAACAGCAGCAACAACUACUAGCAGACCCAUCACUGUUUCAUGGCAUGCCUCCUAAUCUCCUCAACUCCAUUCAAUUGCCAGCUGAGGCAUAUUGGGCCACUGGUCGUCCACCAUACUAGGCUUACUAGCUAACAAGCUCAUUGAAGGGUCGUGUUGAUCAAUUUUCUGCCAGCUUUAAGCCUUUUAACUCACCAAGAACUCGUAGCAGUAUGUUUAGGUAGAAGAAUUUCGGGUUGUUGAGCAUUUCAGGUUCAUUCUUUCCCUUUUCAUUUUCCUAUCUUCUUGUUAUUUUAUGUUAGGUUUUUGUUUACGCUUGGUAGUCAGAUGAUUUGCUUGUGUGUUAAUUGAGG